AUCUCGACCAGCGAGGCCCAGAUUUGAGGGCCCAUAGCUCACCAGAGCCAUGCUCUUGAUAAAAGCGUGGCCCGAAAAUGAACCCGCUGCCCGUGUGGAUGUUGACGCUGCUGCUGGCCUGGAAGGUCCCCCGCGUCAGAGCGGAGUGCGUCUUCCCGGAGCAGUGGCAGGGCCGCUGGUUCCAGUCCGGCGUGCCCAAGCUCAUCGCCAUCUCCAGCAGCGACUUCGAGACCAAGGGCGUGUGCGUGCACAGCGAGAAGGACAAGUACCUCAUCGAGGACAGGAAGGAGAAAUGCUUCCGCUGCGUCUCGAUCCACGAGAUGCACCCGAACGUGCUUCAGUACAAAGAGACGUACUGCGAGACGGCCGAGCGCAUCCAGGGCCUGUGCCAGAGCAUCCCCAUCGACACCACGCUCUUCUCCAUGUUCCGCGCGGACGCGGCGCCGCAGCGCUGCCCGCUGCUCGACCCGCCCUUCAACUUCACGUACUCCAGGAACUCGGGCGAGUGCGCGUGGCCCGUGUCCAGGCUGGAGGGCUGCACCGACCCGGCCAGGCUGCGGCUGCGCUACCAAGCCUGCCCCGACGUGCCCAGCACGGAGAGCACCAUCGAGGAGCUGGAGUGCGUGGCGGACUGGAAGGAGGGCUCGACGCGCUACAUGGUGGGCAAGCUGCAGUACCACCACAAGACGGCCGCCAGCGACGAGGAGCGCUACCGGUGCUUCGUGUACGAGCCCACGCCCGAGGGCUACUCGGUGGCGCAGUCCGGGGACGCCACCUGCACCGGGCUCACCUCCGCCACCGUCGGCUCCAAGAACAUGCGGCUCACCAGGGUCCGCCAGAGGUGGCCGCCGUGCCGCCUGCCCGAAUGGCUGCGCGCGCACCACGCCUGGCAGUCCCUCAACAAGCACCUGCAGCUGCAGGUGGGGCUGCACAACGUGACGCUGCGCCGGCUGCGCGGCCACCACCGCCACCACCUGCACCGCCACCACCAGGACGCCGACGAGGCCGCCGAGGACCAGGACAACGACCUGCACGUCGGGCCGCGGCCGCGCGCGCAGACCGACCAGCACGCCGUCAACCUCCACGAGGAGUCCAUGACGUGCCACUCGGUGACGGAGCGCAGCGACCGCGUCGUGCAGCUGGUGGCGCACGUCACGCUGGGCUGCGACAGCGGCUACAGCUGCCUCCGGCUCUACCAGCGGGACAGGCACGUCAUGGAGAUGCAGCGUUCGGCCCACACCGGAAGCGCCGAGGAGGCCUGCCGCGCUGACAACUUCGACCCGCUGUCCGAGCGCUUCACCACCUUCAUAACGUCCGACCCCCAGCACAGGCAGUGCCCCUACUCGGGCAGGUACGCCGUCACCAACUACCUGGGCGGCGACAUCGUGUGCAGUACGCACCCCAGCAGCAGGGCCAACGACAUCAUCAACAACAACAAGGACAUCGACAACAACGACAUCAACAGCCUGGUGCGGCCCCACCCGAAGGACCCGAAGGCCAGCGCCCGCCGCGCCACCGCCUUGGGGUCCAAGUCCCUGGACGUGGGCUGCGGCACGGGCCACACCAUGGAGUUCCACUCGCACUGCGAGGCGGACAGCAUCACCGCGUACUCGUGCCACGGCAGCUGGAGCGACAACGGCACCAGCUUCACCAUCGCCGUGCCGGUGUCGGCGACGCUGUCCGGGACGGUGUCCGGGACGCUGCCGGGCUGGGGCGUGGGCGUGGAGUCCGGGCCGGCGGGCGCCGAGGCGCUGCGUCGCGACGCGGACCCCGCCGUGCGCCGGCUGUGCUUCGUGUACCGCGAGCUGAUCGCCGACGACGCGGGCGCCGUGCUCAACGCGGGCGACGGCGCGGCGGCCCAGAGCGCGCUGCGGCAGCAGCCCUCCAUCGUGAUCCAGUCCCGCGUGGGCGAGGAGUGCCACCGCCACCACCUGCACGGCCUGCACGGCCUCCACGGCCUCCAGGAGCGCGCCCAGGCCCACACCCUCGAGGACGCGCCGCCCGUCGAGGCCGAGGCCGUCUUCUGGGCCUUCGACCUCACGCCCAACGUGAAGUAA